AUGGAGUUGGAGUUACAGGAGUCUCUUUUGAAUGACGAAGAGCUACAGGUACCGCACACAUCGAAACAUUCUAAACGAAAAGUAGAAAAUGCCCAAGAUGAAAAAGGUAUGGAGCAACUAAAGGAUGAUCAAAUGGAUAACAUUACAUCAAUUUUACUUCGUAAUUAUGAUAGUAAACUCUACGCAGAAGAUGAUACAUCACAACCCACUUCUCGUACUGCACCCAUUAUACCAAUAGAAGCUACACGUAAAAAAAAGAAGAGAAAGAGAUCUCAAAUAAGUAUAUGCCUUACAAAUUGCCGCUAUGAGUCCAUCCGUAAGGUAGCAAGUGCUUUUGGUAUGAGAGAAGUUUCUGAAGAAGACGCAUGGAAUUUUUACUGGACUGAUAUGAGUGUUUCCGUUGAAAGAGCAAAAGAAAUGAAAAGGUUCCAGAGAAUAAAUCACUUUCCUGGGAUGUUGGAGAUUUGCAGGAAGGAUCUACUGGCCCGUAAUUUGAAUAGAAUGCAGAAAAUAUACCCUAAGGAAUACAAUUUCUUUCCAAAAACGUGGUGCCUACCAGCUGACUUUGGUGAAGCACUAAAUUAUAGCAAGUCAAGAAAAAAUAAGACCUUCAUAAUAAAACCAGAGUGUGGAAGUCAGGGGCGUGGUAUCUAUUUAACAAAAUCUCUUAAAGAAAUCAAACCCACAGAUAAAUUAAUUUGUCAGGUCUAUUUAUCAAAACCAUAUUUAGUGGAUGGUUACAAAUUUGACAUCCGAGUGUACACUCUUAUUACAUCAUGUGAUCCCUUGAGGAUUUUUGUGUACAAUGAGGGUCUUGUCAGAUUUGCAACAAGUAGGUAUGCUGAUCCAAAUGUAAAUAAUACAACAAAUGUCUUUAUGCAUCUGACUAACUAUGCUCUAAACAAACACAGUAGAACCUAUGUUUACGAUUCGGAAGCUGGAAGUAAACGUAAGAUAUCAACGCUGAAUAAAAUACUGCUGUCGCAAGGCGUGGACCUCGACCGCCUCUGGCACUCGAUAGACCAAGUUAUCGUUAAGACUAUCAUAUCUGCCUGGCCGAUACUCAAGCAUAGUUACCAUGCCUGUUUCCCCUCGCAUGACAUGGUACAUGCAUGUUUCGAGAUACUUGGAUUUGACAUUCUUCUAGACCACAAGUUGCAUCCGUUCAUCUUGGAGGUCAAUCACUCGCCGAGCUUUCAUACUGACACACAAUUGGAUCGUGAAGUGAAAGAAGGCUUACUCACUGAUACAUUUACCAUGCUCAAUAUUUGGCAAUGCGAUAAAAAGCGGGUGCUCGAAGAGGACCGUAAGAGAAUUCGAGAUAGGCUGCUUCAGACGAAUAAAUUUCCAGAGUACACACCCUCGGAAGAGAAAGAACCAGAGAAGAGUCCUUGGCAAACGCAAAUUCAAUGGGAAGAAACACAUUUGGGGAAUUUUAGGCGAGUGUACCCAGUAGGCGAGCAGUACGCCUCACUAUUUCAACAACCUUCGGGCUCCUUAUACACAGGGACUGCCUCGUCACGUGCACGAGGCGACUGUACUCGUGCUCAGCGGGAAGAAUUUCAGCAAUCUAAAGCAAAGGCUGAAGCAUUAAAAAAGCCAUCGCAACCAAAGCCGCUGAAAGACGGAGAGAAGAAAGCUCCGGAUGAAGCUAGUACAGUAACCACCGUUAACGUCACCGCCACAACUAGCAGCGACAAAACAAAAGUGAAAACCAAGUCUGAGAAGGACCAAAAACGAAAAGAAACCAAGGAUGAAAAGAAACUGACUGCUAAGCCCUCGGUUGUCCAGCGAGUUGUGGAAGAGAAAGAACAGAAACCAUCUUACGUGCUAUGUUCCUUCGAACCGGAUCCCAUUGUUGAGAAGGAAGAAAGAGAACGUGUCAAUUUGUUAGCGCAGCGGGACUUUCUAAUCCGUAGCUAUGGCAUGUUAGAGCAGAUAUAUUUAGUAAUGAAGAAAAUGGGCACUUUACGACCUGAGGACGAACGGAAGUAUGGCGUAUACGGCCGCCUGUCUGUUGUCUCCAACUCUCCUAACAAGAAAAUGUGA